AUGCUUCCUGAAGAUAACACGCUACCGAAGAAUCAUUACGAGGAAAAGAAGAUAUUAUGUCCUGUUGGAAUGGAAUACCAAAAAAUACAUGCUUGCCCUAACGAUUGUAUCUUGUAUAGGCAUGAGUAUGCUGAACUGCGCAACUGCCCUACAUGUGGCGUGUCACGCUACAAAGUGAACUCCAACGAUUGCGGUGAAGAUGCAACCACAUACAAAGAUCGUCCAUCCAAAGUUUGUUGGUAUCUUCCAGUAAUACCAAGGUUUAAGCGAUUGUUUGCUAAUGCAGAAGACGCGAAAAAUCUAACAUGGCAUGCUGAUGGCAGGAUCAAAGAUGGAUUGCUCCAUCAUCCUGAUGAUUCUCCUCAAUGGAAAACAAUUGAUCAUCUGUAUCCGGAGUUUAGCCAAGAUCCCAGAAACCUAAGGGUUGGUCUUGCUUCGGAUGGAAUGAAUCCAUUUGGAAACUUGAGCUGCAAUCAUAGCUCGUGGCCUGUUUUGCUAAUAAUCUACAACCUCUCUCCUUGGUUGUGCAUCAAGCAGAAGUACAUUAUGAUGUCUAUGAUGAUAGCUGGUCCAAGACAACCAGGAAAUGACAUUGAUGUGUAUCUUGCUCCCUUGAUUGAAGACCUCAGAAAAUUGUGGGUAGAAGGGGUUGAUGUGUAUGAUGGGAAUGCUCAUGAGACCUUCAAGUUGCGUGCCUUGAUAUUUUGUACCAUUAAUGACUUUCCAGCAUAUGGUAAUUUGAGUGGAUAUAGUGUGAAAGGCCACCAUGCAUGUCCCAUAUGUGAGAAAGACACAAGUUACAUCCAAUUAAAGCAUGGCAAAAAGACAGUGUAUACAAGACACCGAAGAUUUUUAAAACCUUUUCACCCAUAUAGGCGAAUGAAGAAAGCCUUUAAUGGGAUAUCUGAGAUUGACAGUGCACCGAUUCCUUUGUUAGGUGUUGAAGUUCUUGAUCGGGUGAACAACAUUACCGUUAUCUAUGGGAAGACACAAAAAAAGGAUGGCUUUGCAAACAAAAUUUGGAAGAAAAGGUCCAUCUUUUUUUAUCUGCCUUACUGGUGCAAUUUACAUGUGAGACAUUGUUUAGAUGUUAUGCAUGUUGAGAAAAAUGUCUGUGAUAGUUUGGUUGGGACACUGCUUAACAUUAAAGGGAAGACAAAAGAUGAUUUGAAAUGUCGUCAAGAUCUAGCAGAAAUGGGCAUACGUCAACAGUUGCAUCCAGUGUCAAAAGGGCUUCGAACAUAUUUACCGCCAGCAUGUCAUACGAUGUCAACGUCUGAGAAAAAAAGUUUUUGUCAUUGUUUGAAAAAUCUUAAAGUCCCACAAGGAUACUCUUCAAAUAUCAAGAGCCUUGUAUCUGUGACUGAAAUGAAGUUGGUUGGUUUGAAGUCGCAUGAUUGUCAUGUUUUAAUGCAGCAAUUGUUGUCUGUUGCCAUUCGUGGUAUAUUGCCUGACAAAGUAAGGGUUGCAAUAACUUGA